AUGGCCAGCCCGAGCCAGGCUCUGACGUCUUGGCUGCUCAGCGCGGCCUACACAGGCGGCACGCUGUGCGUGGGAGCGCUGUUCCUUCUGUACAUGUACCAGGACCGGCUACUCUACUUCCCUACGAUUCCAGGCGCCUCCAAAUUUACGAAAGACAACCCCCCCGGAUACCGACAUCCCGGAGAAUUCUCCAUCGAGUAUGAGGACCUAAUGAUCCCAUGCAAAGACGGCGUGAAGAUCAACGCGUGGCUUAUGAAGCAGAAGGAGCACUCCACUCGUCCGACGCUCAUCUUCUUUCACGGCAACGCCGGAAACAUUGGCUAUCGUCUGCCGAACGCCGUGCAGCUGUUCCGGAAGGUGGGAGCUAACAUUUUGCUCGUGGACUACCGAGGAUUCGGCCACAGUGAGGGAACCCCGUCGGAGGAAGGGAUUAAGUUAGAUGCUGAGGCUGUUUUGGACGCCAUGUACGCUCGUACGGACAUCGACUCGUCGAAUCUCGUGGCGUUUGGCCGAUCGCUCGGUGGAGCAGUGUCUGUCUACCUCGCUGAGAAAGAGCCUUCUAGAGUGGCUGCUGUUGUGUUGGAGAACACAUUCCUCAGCAUUUCAGCCAUGGUAGACGCACUGAUGCCAUUCCUCACGUACGUCAAGCCGCUGGUUCUGCGAAUGGACUGGGACAACGAGCGGGCUAUUCAAAAGCUAAAGCAACCGAUCCUGUUCAUCGCGGGUAUGCAGGACGAGUUGGUGCCUCACUCUCACAUGGAGAAGCUGCGCUCUCUCGCCACCUCGAGUCAGCGUGUCGUGUGGUUUCCUGUACCUGGCGGAACACACAACGACUCGUGGCUACGCGGAGGCGACAAGUAUUACUCGGAGCUGCGGCAAUUCCUGGAAGCGCUGGGCGUCGACACCACGUGCUUGACAAGCGACGGGUCCUCAGACGAAGACGUUGUACCUCCUGUGGAAGAGAACGCCAUCCCAAACAUGCUGCAGCAGCCACUGCUCAGCUCGCUGCAGAGGCCCAAGUCCGAGUAG